GAAAGUAGAAAUAGAAGGCGCGCAAAAUUCCAUUGUGUGAUGAGCUCCAAGCCAUGAUGAUGAUGAUGACGACGACGCCAACCAACAAAAAAAGAGGUUCAUCAUUUACAAAGAAAUGUAAGAAGCAGCAUAAAUAAAGCGCCAACAAAACAGUACACAACAAGGACUACUACGACGACGAUAAGGACUCUCAAAACAUUUUUACUUUGACUUUUGAGCACACAACACCACGCACCAACGCACGCAAAAGUAGGUCCAAUGAUAAUUUAUUAUUAAAAAUGACUGCUGAAAAUUACCACCUUAAAUGGGACUCGCACCAUUCUUAUUUGAAUUCUUCCGUCGCAACUUUAUACAAAAAUGAAAAAUACGCUGAUGUUGUAUUAUACAGCUCGAACAAUACGAUAUCAACGAACAAUUCAAUGCCCACCGUUGGUAUAUCAGCCCACAAAUUCAUCUUAAGUUCAUGCAGCCAAUUCUUUUCGAGCAUCUUUGAAACCUCGCCUCUAUCGAAUAACAGCAAUGGCAGUUUCCAUAUUGUAUUGCCACCCGAUUUAAGUCAUCGUGCCAUACAAAUAUUGGUACAAUAUAUGUAUAUGGGAGAGGCCACUGUGUCCAAUGACAUCCUCAGUGAAGUAUUAAAGGGUGGUGAGAUAUUAAAAAUUCGAGGUCUAUGUCGAACCACAACACCAACAACCGGAAAUCAAAUUACAAAUCGUAAUAGUGAACCAAUGCAACCGGCACCAUCGAAUGGUGCUGCAACAUAUAAUUUAAUACGUAUGCCACUGACAAAUGGUCCUACAUCGGUACGCUAUUUAGUUGAACAGCAGGCAUCAACGGUUUCCAGAGGUCUCAGUGUCUCCACAUUGCCCAAAACAAGUCCCGUUAUUGUGAAAUCAACGAAACCUAUAAAUACCCUAACGGUACCAUCAGCGGUUAGUAUUGGAAAAUUGGCCACAAAUCCCAUAAGUGUUAAUAAACAUGUGGCCAUUGAUCCGGGUGAAAAAUGUUGUUAUCCAGUGGAUGCUGUUACCACCCUUAGGGAUGAAGCACCACCACCACCUCCAACUUCCAUUUGCAACGAAAUUGGUUGUAAUGAUUGUACACGUAUGACUGAGCAUCCAACCCACAUGAUUAUAUCCCGAGAUGGUCAGGGUGAUAAUAAUAAUGGCACACAACUUUGCAAUACAAAUUGUCCCGAUUACAUACCACCAAAUGUGGCAAAUGAGUGUGUUGAUGAGGCACCUUAUGAACAAGAAAUACAUUUGCCGCCUGGAGAAAUUCCAGUGGAGUAUAAUGGUGGUGGUGUUAGGAAUGAUAAUUUUAAAUAUUCCCAACAGCAUUUAAUUUCAACAACAUCAUCAGCGAUAGUGGCCACCACAGUACAACCCCUAACAACAUCUACCUCCAAGCAAGUUGUACUACAUGAAACACUUGCUGGGCCAACUGGUCAAUAUGUAUCGAUUAAGGAAGAACCUUCUGAAUGGAUGACAACAACAACUGGUUCCGCCAUACAUCAUGGUAAUGGUGGUUUACAUUCCGCAUCGUCGUCGUCGUUACACCUAACAAACAAAAAGACUGCAGCACAAAAUAAUGAGUUUAAAAUUCAGAAAAUCAAAACUGAAACUCUAAUCCAACCACAGCAGCCACCGGUACCGUCAACGACAACUUCUUCCCUGAACAAUGAUACAACGACUUGCCAAUUGAUGUCUACAGCUAGCAAUACCAACACCACCUCCAUUGGUGGUAAUCAAAAUACAUCGGCUAAGGAUUUCGAUACAUAUUUCUCGUGUGACAUUUGUAAGAAAGUUUGUGAGGAUAAAACUUCCCUUUUGCGUCACCUGGAGUCGCAUGCAGCACCAACACCCGGAACUUCUAGUUCUAGUUUUAGUGUACCGCCAGCUGUUUGUGAAACUUCGAAUGCCGCAUCAUCAUCCACCAAGUCAUCCUAUGUGCCAAAGAAAAGACGUCGAAUAUCGCAACAAGAAAAUGCCUCGGAACAUGUUUGUCUUCAAUGUGAUAUCUGUAAUACACGUUUUGAAACGCCACAGGAAUGGGUGCGUCAUAUGAGUACCCAACACACAGAAGUUGAAUUGGCCAUAUACAAUAAUAAAAAGGAUGCAGAAAAGAAUAACCAACCGACUACUUCAAAUCACAGUAACAAAAAGCAGGCUUCUAAUGUACAACAACAACCGCAACCACAUAAUUCCCAACAAAGAGUUCAAAGUUUAAUAAGUGGCAGCACAAAUUCCAAUCUAACGAAUAGUACUUCCGUAGUAUGUACACCACCAUCAUCAUCGGCAGCAGCAGCAGCAUCAUCAUCGCCGCCAACAACAAGUGGUGGCGGAAGUGUUGUUGUUACAGGAGGUGGAGGUAAUGUUGGCGGUGGCAUUAAUGAUACAAAUGCAACAGGUUAUUUAAGAUCAACAUUAUCCCCAGCCUAG